GGCCUGAGGGGGCGGGGCCGUGUCGGAAGUCAAAGGUCGGUAAAUAGUGGUGAUGUCAUGCGGGCAAGAUGGCGGAAGGGGAGGACGUGGGAUGGUGGCGGAGCUGGCUGCAGCAGAGCUACCAGGCAGUCAAAGAGAAGUCAUCUGAAGCUUUGGAGUUCAUGAAGCGGGACCUGGCAGAGUUUACCCAGGUGGUACAGCACGACACCGCCUGUACCAUUGCAGCCACAGCCAGCGUAGUCAAGGAGAAGCUGACUACUGAAGGCUCCUCAGGGGCAACAGAGAAAAUGAAGAAAGGGUUGUCGGACUUCCUUGGGGUGAUCUCAGACACCUUUGCCCCCUCGCCGGACAAAACCAUCGACUGUGAUGUAAUCACCCUGAUGGGCACACCCUCUGGCACAGCUGAGCCUUAUGAUGGCACAAAGGCUCGCCUUUACAGCCUGCAGUCAGACCCAGCAACCUAUUGCAACGAACCUGACGGACCCCCGGAAUUGUUUGACGCCUGGCUUUCCGAGUUCUGCUUAGAGGAGAAGAAAGGAGAGAUCUCAGAGCUCCUUGUGGGCAGCCCCUCCAUCCGGGCCCUCUACACCAAGAUGGUUCCAGCAGCUGUUUCCCAUUCAGAAUUCUGGCACCGGUAUUUCUAUAAAGUCCAUCAACUAGAGCAGGAGCAGGCCCGGAGAGAUGCCCUAAAGCAGCGGGCAGAACAGAGCCUCUCUGAAGAGCCCGGCUGGGAGGAGGAAGAAGAGGAGUUCGUGGGCAUUCCACCCACAUCUCCAAAAGAGACAAAGGUUCCUGUGACCAAAACUUCCACAUCCCCUGAGGGAGGACCUGCCCCACAGAGCGCCUAUAAAGAGACUCCUGUGUCCCCGAUUGAGCCUGCAGCAGAGGUGACUCCUUCAGAAAGCAGCGAGAGCAUCUCCCUGGUGACACAGAUUGCUAACCUUACCACCGUACCUGAGGCACCAGUGCUGCCUAAAGACCUGUCUCAAAAGCUGCUGGAGGCGUCUUUGGAGGAACAGGGCCUGGCUGUGGAUGAAGGCGAGACUGGACCUCCACCCCCAGUUCCCUCCAAGUCCCUCACCCCUGCUGGCCGCCCUAGUGGCCCAGAGCCCAGGCCUCCAGCCAGAGUAGAAACUCUGAGGGAGGAGGUGCCCACAGACUUACGGGUGUUUGAGCUGAACUCAGACAGUGGGAAGUCUACACCCUCCAACAAUGGCAAGAAAGGCUCAAGCACUGACAUCAGUGAGGACUGGGAGAAGGACUUUGACUUGGACAUGACCGAAGAAGAAGUGCAGAUGGCCCUUUCCAAAGUGGAUGCCUCUGGUGAGCUGGAAGAUGUGGAGUGGGAGGACUGGGAGUGAGGGGAGCCAAAGCGAGAGCGCCGCCACCCACCUCCGAGGCUCAUCUCGGCCCAGCCCUGGAUGACACUGACUGAGAAUGUCCCCCAAAUGGCCUCUGCCAUCCCAAGCUCUGGGCACAGAUUCUCGUGGCUCCCCGCUGGCCCUUUGGGCCUCUGCUCACACCUGGGAAGGGGAUCUCUAAAUCCAAGCUCAGAACUCUGACUUGUGCCAACCUUAGGAUGAUCUAAGGGGAGGACACACCCUCACCCUCACCCUCACCCUCACCCUCACCCUCACCCUCACCGAGAGCCUGCAUUUCUCUGCUGAACACCCACUGCUCCUGGGGACUCCUGCUGCAAGCCCCAGGGACAGCUGUGGCCCUCCUGCGUGUAAACAGAAGCUUAACCACCAGUUUCUUCAAGGAAGUAGAGGCAGUACACCCUGUCCACUCACAAGCAGGCAAGGAUGCCAUGCCACCUGCCCGUGGUUAAACAGGGUCAGCAAGCAUGACUUGGUUCCUACUCCAGUGUGUAAGAGGCACUCAUUCCUGGGGAAUUUGCCUCUUGGAAAUCUCCCUCUUCCAGCAUUUUCCACUCCUGGAAAGGCUCCUUGGGGUUCAGAAUGUAGAGACCAAACCGUAACUCACCUCCUUCCUUCUCUCAGCCCACAUGGGGACUUCCCCACAGUUUCCAGGGCUGCUUCAUGUCAGAUGCACCCAAGUCCUUAGCCCAGCUGUGCCACCGCAAGGGUCCACUCUUGCAGUUCUUUCCCUCCCCAAGAGGGGAGGGGGCCACUUGAGGCCCUUCUGUGCAUUGCCUGGCAGAAUACCUGGUCCAAGCAGCUACCCACCUCGACUCCCCGCUAGCGUAGGGCACGAGGCAGCUCCCAGCGGUACGGAGCAGUGAGCAAAGGCGAGUACUUACAGCCUGGGAAGGCCACCUGCUCUGCCUCUGCCCUCUGCUUCCAAGGGGCCGUGCUGGGGAAUCGCCCCGGGCCUUGGCGGGCUCCUGCAAGGCUCCCUUCCUAGGGACAGAGCCAGCCUGUGGCUCUCCCCCUCCACUCUGGUGAAGCUGCACCUCUCUCGGGGCGGUGAGGGCUGCAGAGAUUUCCUGGAGACCCUGGUGCUUCGCAGUGCUGCUCUGUGAUUCUGUGCAUAGCGGCCGUGUCCACAGUGACAGAGGGCUGGGCAGGGGCGCUGAGAGCGGUGGGCACUCGCAGUUCAGACCUUCAGUGAGGGGUGGGAUGAGAGAAUGCUGAGUCUCUUUUUGAUGGAUGGGGUUUUUCCUCUUUGUAAUUAUUUCUUUAGUUUAAUUAACCUUUUGGUUGUUUGUGCAAUAUUAUAUAUUUUAAAUUAUAAUGCAUCUCCCCAGAGUAUUUUGUAGCCGGGAAAAGAAAACAGGAAAAAAAAAAAAAAAAAGAUUCUAACAGCUGUUAGUUUUGUAAUUAAAAAGGAGAGAAAAAGAACUUUGUCCUGAACCUUUUGCAGACUUGGCGUUAACAUUAAAGAGAUUCAACAGAA